UUGGUUUGCCAUGACAUGAAGAAUGGCUAUCACGAGGAUAGAUUUGCUCAAGGUUGUGGUGACAACGAUGCUUUCACUUUCUACCAUUGGCAGUAUAUUGACAUAUUUAUCUACUUUAGCCAUCAUUUAUUGUCCAUUCCACCAUCAACAUGGAUCAACUGUGCUCAUAAACAUCAAGUCUUAGUUUUAGGAACUUUUAUCACUGAAUGGGAUGAAGGCAAUGAAAUUUGUCGUGAAUUCUUAAGUAAUGCACAACUUCGACAUCUCUUAAUUAACAGAUUAGUUGACAUAGCACAUUAUUAUCGUUUCGAUGGAUGGCUGAUCAAUAUUGAGAAUAACAUUGAGAAAAAGUAUAUUAUGACAUUGGUGCAAUUUGUAGCAGAAUUAACCAACAAACUCCAUCAAAAAAUACCACAUGGUCAAAUACUUUGGUACGACAGCGUAACCAAUACUGGCGAUCUAAAAUGGCAAAAUGAACUCAACAUGUAUAACAGAACUUUCUUCGAUUCCUGUGAUGGAAUUUUUUUAAACUAUGUUUGGAAACCUGGCAAUCUCUUAAGGUCGGUAUUGAAUGCCGGGCAGGAGCGAAAACAUGACGUCUACGCUGGCAUAGAUAUUUUUGGUAGAGGUUGUUAUAAAGGCGGUGGUUUCAAAAGUCGAGAUGCGUUAGAAGUUAUUCGAGAGAGUUCUUUAUCUGCUGCUUUAUUUGCACCUGGUUGGGUUUAUGAA